AUGUCACAAGCGUGGAACUGGACACCUGACUCGAAGUUAUGCCUCAUUACUACAGGAGCCACAGCGCCUUUUACUGUACUCAUUGAAUCAGUACUCAGUCCUUCUACUAUCGAUACCAUUCAGAGUCUCGGCUUUACUCAUGUGCUGGUUCAAUACGGGAGCGCCAAGGACGUCUACACCUCUAGCCUCGAAGGCGCUCGAGCUCAUCUGCAACAAGUCGAGCAGAAAAGACCGCUGGUAAUUGAUGGGAUCGACUUUGACCCGAACAGUCUGCAAUCGCAGUUUACAUUGGUACAACAGUCAAAGGGCCUGGUCAUUUCCCACGCAGGUAUGCAUUCUUCAUGUUGUGCUUCAUAG